GGUUGCGCCCAUGUGUUAGGGCUUGUUAUUGAUGAACUUUAUUGUAUUAUUGCGUCAUUUUAUUCUUAAGUAAUGAACAUGUCGAUGAUACUUCAAAAUUGGAAGAUGCUAGGCCGUCUGUAUCGUAAAGGCUGUUCGGCCAAUAGGCAUUUUUGCUCUCGUGCGGUUCAAACUGCAAAAAAGUAUGAAGCAGGACAGUGUAUUCAUGGUUAUCGAGUAGAGAAGGUUGAGCCUAUUCCAGAACUGUACUUAACGGCUGUGAAAUUAGAGCACGAGGGAACAGCUGCACAGCACAUUCACAUUGCCCGAGAAGACCGUAACAAUGUUUUUAGUGUUGGGUUAAGAACCACUCCACUAGACAGCACAGGUGUGCCCCACAUUUUAGAACACACGACAUUAUGUGGGUCUGAAAAGUUUCCAUGCAGAGAUCCCUUCUUUAAAAUGUUGACCCGGUCUCUUUCAACAUUUAUGAAUGCAUUUACUGCUAGUGAUUGGACCAUGUACCCAUUUUCAACCCAGAAUGCUCAGGACUUCGAAAAUUUGCUGUCAGUUUACCUAGAUGCAGUCUUCUAUCCACAACUCAGAGAACUUGACUUUAUGCAAGAAGGGUGGAGACUGGAGCAUCAAGUUGUGAAUGACCAUGGCUCACCUAUAGUUUUUAAAGGAGUUGUCUUCAAUGAGAUGAAAGGAGCAUUUGCAAGUCCAGAACAAGUGUAUGCACAGCACCUACAAAACAGUCUUUAUCCUAGUCACACGUACUCACAUGUCAGUGGAGGCCAACCACUGUCCAUUCCUGAUCUCACAUGGGAAAAACUGCGGCAAUUUCAUGCAGCCCACUACCAUCCUAGCAAUGCAAGGUUCUACACUUACGGCAACCUGCCACUGGAGAGGCAUCUGGAGUUGAUUGACUCACUAGUCCUGAGUCGAUUUAGCAGGGUCAACACAGACACCAGUGUUCCUGAUCAACAGCGAUGGAGCAAGCCUAGGACAGUGACGGUUAACUGCGCACCUGAUAACAUGGCACCAAACCCGGACAGGCAGACAACAGUAUCUGUUAGCUACCUACUUUCAGGUAUCACUGAUACAUUUGAAGACUGUACAUUGAGCAUCAUAGGCAGUCUUCUCACAAGUGGGCCAACUUCACCUUUCUACCAGUCACUGAUAGAGCCAGGCAUCGGUGCCGACUUCUCACCAAGUACAGGAUAUAGUGGAGAUUUAAAGGAAGGUGCAUUCUCUAUUGGUUUGCAAGGAAUAGCAGAGGAUGAUGUGCCAAUAGUGGAAGACAUCAUAAGAGAGACCUUUGACAAAGUCAUCGAGGAGGGUUUUCCACAGGAGAGAAUAGACGCACUUUUGCACAACAUUGAGCUAUCACUGCGUCAUCAAACAUCCAACUUUGGUCUGGGCCUUGCAGUGAGCAUUGCAGCAGUGUGGAAUCAUGAUGGCAGUGCGCUUGAUGCACUUAAGGUCACCAAAAACGUGGAAAAAUUUAAGCAGCAUGUCAAGGAAGAUCCAAAGUUCUUACAAAACAAAGUCAAGCAAUACUUCAAGGAAAACACGCACAAAUUGAAUUUGAUCAUGGUUCCUAAAGAAAAAUACAAGUUAGAGGUGGAGAAGAAAGAAGAUGAAAAACUUCAGCAAAUGGUUUCCAUACUCACAGAUGAUGAAAAACAAAAAAUAUAUAAUAAAGGCCUGGAGUUAGCAGAGAAGCAGAAUGAGCCUGAAGACCUUUCUUGUCUGCCAACACUAAGGAUUUCCGACAUCGAGAAGAGAGGAGAGUUUAUACAAGUCUCACAUAGCACGCCAUUAAAUGUACCAGUACAGCUAUGUGAGCAGCCCACUAAUGGAGUGACGUACUUCAAAGCAGUUGCCGAUGCUAGCAAUCUUGAUACAGCACUGUUGCCAUAUUUGCCAAUAUUCUGCAAUGUUCUGGCUCAAAUGGGAGCGGGUCAGAUGGAUUUCCGGGAGUUGAGCCAGGAGAUACAACUGAAAACUGGUGGGAUGUCUGCGGCCAGCCUUGUAACGAACAGUCACACUGACCCUCUUAGCUAUGAGCAGGGCAUCCUAUUCUCCUCAUACUGCCUUGACAGAAACACAAGUGAUAUGUUUUCCAUUUGGUCGGAAAUCUUUAAUGGGGUGAAAUUGACAGCCAUAGAUCGGCUUUCAACUCUAGUAAAAAUGGCUGCCAAUGAGCUGGCAAUGAGCGUGGCACAGAGCGGCCACAGCUAUGCCAUGACGCAUGCCAGCAGCUUCUUAACGCCUGCGGCUCAUAUGAAGGAGAGGCUUGGUGGAAUUUCUCAGGUGAGGCAUAUGAAGCAAAUUGCCGAGAUGCAGGAUGUCUCACCUGUCCUGGAGAAACUUGCUCUCAUUGCCAAGCAACUACUCAACAAGAAUAGCAUCCGAUGUUCCAUUAAUGCAAGCCCAGAACAUGCACAGAAGAGUGUCAAUCACUUGGAGACAUUCCUCGCAUCUCUGUCUGGCAGCUCUCGGGGUGCUGGACGAAUUCUAAUCCAGAAGAGCGACUUCACAGCGACUUGCGAGAAGACUCAUGUUGAGCUACCCUUCCCUGUGAAUUACGUUAGCAAGUGUUUGGAGACAGUGCCCUACACACAUCCUGACUCUGCUGUUCUAUCUGUACUUGCGACCCUGCUGAAGUGGAAGUACCUACACAAGGAAAUCAGGGAGAAAGGGGGAGCCUAUGGUGGAGGGGCAAAUAUGGGAGGUGGACUUCUCACCUACUACUCAUACAGAGACCCACACGUCAUGCAGACAUUAGAACAGUUUGACAAGUCUGCAGAUUGGGCCAGGAGUGGGCAAUUCUCUGACAGUGAUGUCAAUGAAGCAAAGCUCUUCGUCUUUCAAGGGGUUGACGGGCCCAUAUCGCCUGGUGAGAAAGGUGUAGACCUGUUUCUGCAGGCACUAACUGACGAAGCUAAGCAAGUGCAUCGCGAACAGUUUUUUGAUGUUCAGAAAAAUGACAUUAUACAAGCAGCACACAGGUACCUCACACCUGGCAACCGACCAAGCGCAAUCACCUUCAUAGGGCCAGAGAACCCAGCUACUGUGACCGACUCAUCGUGGGUCCGUGUGAGUGAGACGGAAUCAUCUGACAUGCCCUCACAGCAGGGGGUCGUCUAACAGCACCAUAUAAGCCGUUUUACUACGAACUGGUUUCACUGUGGGAUGACGUAGGCAUGCAUGCGUUCUUGUUUGUAACGCUUUCACUGCGUAGUAAUGAAUUGAUAAUCACUUUGGAAAGUGCUUGGAUUCUGCAUACACUGUCCAAUCGUAGUCAAAAGAAACAUUUAUUUCGUGAUUUUAUAGAUUUAUUCUGUGUAACACCACCAUGCAUAACAAAUUGUAAGUCAAAUCAUAGGCACAUCUAGACACUAUCAUAAUAAAAUGGUUGUUUGAGCCCUCUUAGCAUAUGUAAAAUAGGAUAUCUUUCUUACGUCAAAAUUAUACAUGGUGUAAUUGACCUCAUCCUGUCAUCUACCUUUUAUAUUGUAACAAGCAGGUACGCACAAUGUUCUAAAGUACCAGAUUGGUUUAUUUGUUUAUUUGCUAAUCUGCUCUAAAAGCUUUAUUGAGUAGAACCUCUUAGUCAGAACCAUUAGGUAUAGGUUUCAUAGUUACUUAUAACAAAAGUGAGUUAAAGCCAUGUCUUUUGUAUAUAUAUUAUCAUAGUAUAUCAUAUGUUAAUUAAUGUAUGUGCUUAAAACUGUUUAUUUUCAUUCAUAAGAAAGGUUAUAUUACAUAUCGUGUCAAAAAAUUCAAAA